AUGGCGACGACGACGAGGAAGGUGUCCGUCUCCGUCCCCGCCAUCCUGCUAGUGCUGGCCGUGCUCUCCUGCCUCCUCCUCGUCCACGCGGCAGCGGCAGGCAACCGGAGGGCUCUGCUGCCGAGGGAGCCACCAGCCGACACCUACGUCGGUGGUGGUGGUGGACAGGUGUUGCCGACGACGGCGGAGGAGGCCGCCGUGGCGAGAGGUGAGCCGCAUCAGCUCGCCGACAACGACGAAGAGAUGAUGGAGACAUCAGCGGCCAGGAGGGCGGGGCUGCUGCAGACUCAGGACUACCCGGGGUCAGGCCCCAACGGCCGCCACGAUCCGCGGAACCCGCACUGA